CCGCCGCCUUUCGGCCCGCCCUGUCAGCGCCGCGCUGCCCCGCACUGCGCAUGCGCCGCGGCCCCGUCCCCUCAGGGCCGCGCGGCCGUUACCUCACGGAGCCGUUAGCGGGGGGGGAGGGGGCGACAUGAGCGCGGGCUCCGUCUCCAAGGGCUGCUUUGUUUUUAAACCAAGUCCCAAGAAGAGAAAGGUGUCUCAAAAAACAGCUGACUACUUCAGGGAAGGAAACAGUGAUGCAGAGGAUAGCGAAUUACGGUUUGCUACUUGUCAGUCAUUAUGGAAACACGUGAAAUUGGAAGCAGAGCAAAUAGAGGAAGAUUUGAAUCAGCAGUUAUUUGAUAACCUUGUAAGUUUUUUGAGGCGGUCUCAUUCCGAGUUCCAGGAGAAGACAACAGAAUGGAAUUGUCGGAUGAAGUCCAGAGAAAUCCCUACUGCAGCUCUUGUCUUAGGUGUAAAUGUUACAGAUCAUGACUUGACUUUCAGAAGUCUUUCGGAAGUCCUUCAGAAUAGAGUUACUCCUUAUGUAGCCUUGCUGCAAGCCAAAGAUUGCCCAGGUAUAAAAAAUCUGAUGCAGAAGCUCUUCGGGCAGCUGAUGAACUGCUAUGUAGAUGUGGACUCAGAGGAAGACGACUAUGUACAGACUUCCCAGAAUAGAAUACGUUGUUCAAUGACUUCUCUAAUCACCUGGUAUGAAAGUGUAACAAAGAAAACAGAUUUUGAGACUCCAAGCAAAAAAAGAACUUCCUCCAGACACUGGAAGUCUCCUCCAGUUGUGAUUAUCUUCAAAGAUAUGGAAAGUUUCACCACAAAAGUACUUCAAGAUUUCAUAGUUAUCAGCAGUCAGCAUAUCCAUGAAUUACCUCUAGUACUGGUUUUUGGAAUCGCUACAUCUCCAAUGAUUAUCCACGGCUUACUUCCUCACUCUGUUUCCUCUCUGCUGUGCAUAGAGCUUUUCCAGUCCCUUUCCUGUAAGGAGCACCUGUCUACUAUAAUUGACAAGGUACUUCUAACAACCCAGUUUCCACUUAAACUGAGUGAGAAAGUUCUUCAAGUUCUCAUCAACAUAUUCUUGUACCAUGAUUUUUCUGUCCAGAAUUUUAUCAAAGGCUUUCAGCUCUGCAUUGUGGAGCAUUUCUAUACCCAGCCUCUUAGUGUACUGUGUUGCCAUCAAGAAGAAUUAAAGAAGAGAAUAAAUUCUUUAUCACAUAAUCAGUGUGAAAACAUUCGAAGGCUGCCUUCUUUUAGAAGGUACGUGGAAAAUCAAACAUCAGAGAAGCAGAUUGCACUGCUGACAACAGACGGUUUCUUAAAGGAAACAGUACAGAAGUUGCUGGAGGACCUGAAUGUUUAUCAUGAAAAUUAUUUUCCAGUUCUGAGAUGUCUUCAUGUUUUCACGUCUUCACUUCCAAAGUAUCCUUUGGGCAAGCAGAUCAGGGAGCUGCACUGUGCAUGUUUGGAAAACCGUGUGUGGGAGACAGAGGAGUAUGAGUCAUUUCUUCAACUAGCAAGGAUGUUGAAUAAGUGUGAUUUGGUAACCAUGCUUCAAAAAUGUGUGGAAAUUCUUGUGUCAUCUCCUGGAAAGGAGUUUGAUAAGACAGUAGAGAAGUUGAAGGAGUUCUUGACCCAGUUUCAGAAACUAGAAGUAGCAGAAGCUUGCCAGGAACAAGAUGAGUCCGUAUCGUCACAAAAGGAGCUCCAGAAGAAGACAGACCUUUAUCAUCUUCAGAAGACUUUGUUGGAGUUGAAGGAAUCAAGGCGGUCUAAGAAACUGACAAAGUUUGAAAUGCUUCGUUUUGAAGUUGUUGACUAUAUAGACAGCGUUGUAAGAAAUUACCUUGUUCCUGCAGACCACAAGACGCUGCAUGAGAUAGUGUAUUUCAACACAGCCAGCAUUCUUCGCGAGCACUUGAACGCUGCCCCCAGGGUUGCACUUCACACGGCUCUGAAUAACCCAUACUCCUACCUGAAGAGCCAAGCUUUGAGAAGCGAUGGAGGAAGCAUUUCUAAUAAAGCCCCUGACAUAUGCAUAGUCUACAAGCUCCAUUUGGAAUGCGGCAGAUUAAUCAAUCUUGUUGAUUGGCUAGAGGCUUUCUCAACUGUGGUGACGGCAGUUGAGGGACCAAAUGCAGAUGCACCUUCCUCAGACGAGGUGGAUGAUGUUAUCCACGCUCGUUUUAUUCGAGCGGUUUCAGAACUGGAACUCCUGGGUUUCAUCAAGCCCAGCAAGCAGAAAACCGAUCACGUGGCGAGGCUGACAUGGGGAGGCUGUUAAUGUGCCACCAGAACCUUAAUAAAGCUGUUCUUUGUAACGCUGGGCGAUGGCUGUGUUCCCACUAAACUAGUCUUAACUGACUUAGCAAGCUGAGUCCGAGUCAAGGCUGACUGAACGCUGAGCUACAUUCCCAGUGCCUGGAGGAACUGCAGUCACAAUGUUGUUUUUUAACACCCUGCCUCCAUAUCGUAAUGCACUGCUCUAUUGCUGCUCGUGUUCCAGAUACUGUAGUGGUGUGCCAGUGUUCAUCAGCUUUGAUGUGCAAUACUUAACGCUGUGCUGAUAUAAUUCAGGAUGCCAAGCCAAAAUGAGAACAGGGGAUGUGUCAGCUGCAGAAGUGAUGAAGCAGCAUUAUUAACUUGCUCACGAUCUGAUAGGAUUUGAAUCAUCAGUAUAAAAUGCCUUCCCCCUCCCUGAAGUACAGAUUUCAGUAUGCUAAGGAAGACAAUAAGCUCCUGUGCUUGGCAUCUGCUGUGUGUCCUUCAAAGCAGAACCAGUCCUAGCACCCUGAAAAACUUGAUCUUGAAGCAGAGAAAGUGACAAUACGUCUGAAGAUACAGCGUUAUGUUGUCUGAGAAGAGCAAAUGCAAACUUUGACUCAUUCCCUUGUUGUACUGAGGAUAAGUAGGAGCUUAGCUGUGGGGAAUUUGUGUCAACAAAGGCCAAAGAAGAAUAUGGCACUCACACAUCUUGGAGGAAGGCAGUAAAAUCCACACACCAUCUCUUUUCUCUUUGCUGAUGAUUUGUAUUCGACACAAGCAAAAGAAACAGCUGAGAGCAGGGAAGCACUGUUUAUGUGACAGCUCUCCAGUCCAUGACACCGCAUCAACAAGCACAGCAGUAGAGACAGCACUACCAGCAAGAAAGAAGACUUUUCUUUGCCCUUCAAGAGCUGCCCUGCCCAUCUUAUGCUUUAGCCUUUGCCUUCACCCUGUUUGGACAGCGAAUGUGUUUUCCAACCAUGGAAGAAGCCUUCCCCUGCAGCACAGUGCCUCUGCUCCACGUUGAUAAACUGCCCCCCCCCCGGGCUGUGGUUCGUGCUCUGCAGUCACGGGGUGGAGGCCUCAGGUCAGCCUUAUCACCUCGCGACCGGCUGCACUGCUCCAGAAGAGUGUUUAGACUUUGCGCUGGGUGGGAAUGACUCGGUUUAUUGUGAAAGACUGUGUUUACCACCAAAGAAAACCUCCCAGUCCUCAGCUGAGUGCCGUCACUCUCCUUUGGUUGGAGGCAGUUGAGCGCAAACAUCCAGCUGUCACGAGAAGCCAGAUGCUCCCACUUAGCUGCAGUGGCACUUCAGCCUUCCUACCCAAAACAGCUGAUAACGAUAGCCCGGAGCUCUGAAGUUUGUACCACGUAAGUAAAACAGAGCCCUACAAGGGCAGGAUAAGUCCUCUUACGAAAAGCUGGAACUUCACGAGCUAUUUACACAGGAGUUUGUGUUAAAUACCCUCGGAGAGUAGGAGUCAUGUAUUUUCCAGUCAUUCUAACUGCAGUGCUUCCUGCUGUGCGUAUGCUCUAAAUGGUGUCAAGCAAAUUAAAGGUUGCGGAAGAUGAGCUUAUCAGCCUUUACUGCUUAAAUACACAACUUGGGAAAGGCAAGGGCAGGAACUCUGAACAGUAAGUUUUAGGAUCUCAUGGGAGCAGUGCUGACGUUCCUCCCUUCUGCCAAGACAUGGGGGUAAACUAACUCAACUGUGCUUCAUUCCAGAGACAAGCCAGGGGCAUCUACGUGUGCUCCACAGGCUUUUUAUUUCCAAGAAGCAGAGAGGAAAGACUAAUUUCAGGAGAAGAAUGCUGCAUAGGCUUCCUCUGCUCUGAACCUGACCUAUUUAUUCUGCAAAUAGGCUUGAAAUACCAAUGUGAGCAGCAAAACAUUGAAAUGUGUCACUGAUCAGCAGGAUGAGCAGCCAAACACCCCCCACACCUGUCCUCAGCCACCUCCUGCAGCCUCCCCUCCCCUAACAGGGCCCGAUCCUUCAAAAUCCAACCACACACUCUCUCAGAGCUUUUAGGGAUUGGGAUAUUUGGAAACAAAGAGACACAAGCUUUCACAGUAUGUGAUGUUCAACCACUACAUGAGCUGGCAACAUGACAUCAAAAAUAAAUAGCAAAAUUAAUAGUUCAU